UCCAAAGUUCCGAAACCCUGUCUUGAUGACUUGCCUUGCUUGUAUCCUACGGCUUGCCGGCAAACGGCCUUGACUGUCAGCCGUCAUUGACGUUGUGUAAUCCCUCCGACAAGUCAGCAAAUACUACAGGAGAUCUUCAGCUCUGAUUCGCUUGAGGAUUGUUGCUGCUGCAUAGAUAAUGGGCGAGUGGAAGAAGUGGCCAUCACUGGUCUUGGUGACGGCGUAUCUCUUGUCCUGCUACCCUCAAGUGGGUUUCUCAACCAGCAUACGGAGUGAAUUAGGAAUAUGUGUUGGAUCAGACGUCGAUUGUCUCGAGUUGAGACAAACCAGCGGAGGGAUCAUCAACUGUAUUUCGACAAGGGAUAGGGUUGAUUGCUUGAAAAAACUCGAAAAUGGCGAAGCUGAUUUUGGUUAUUUUGAUGCUGAGGACCAGAAAAUGGCUGCCCUCUCCAAAACUACGUUUGAAGCUCCGUUGGAAUUCACGACGGGGAAAGAGAUACGAGCAGUGUACCUCCUCGUGCACAACGCCUCCAACACUCGACCGAAGACGUUGUGUCAUCCCGGGUUCAACAGACAGAAAUUCUUUCCCAGAGCUUUGUACUCUCCAACGACACUGGAGACCAAUUACCCUACAGGUGACAUACAGAGUCUCAUCAUCGCGCUGAGUGAAGCAUGGGAAAGUGCUUGCAUUCCAGGAACCUGGUCUCCUGAUCCAAUCACAGAUCGUCAGCUCAAACGAGAUCACCCUCAGCUGUGCAGCCUAUGCGUGAGGAAAAGCUGUGACCUGGAAGACCCUUACGCUGGGUCGGGUGCCCUCCAGUGCCUUCUGGAUCACACGGCCGAUGCCGCUUUCGUCUCAGAUGUGGACUUCAAAGUAGCGAGAGCUAAGAAUCCAGCUGUGGAGAACCUGUUUCACUCUGCAGGAAUGAGGACAACCCGAUCGUUCCCCUCGGAGGUAAAACUAAAGACGACGGAGAGCCGUGUGACUGGCCAAAGGCCUCUGUCAGUCCUUCUGACUCCUACCUGUUCUGAUGCCGAUUGCAAAGUCAGGAAGAAAUUUUGGGUGAAUUCCUUGACCUCUCACGCUGCAGCCUUGAAGGACGUACUCGACCUUCCCCGCAGUUCAGCAAUGGCUCUAAGGAAGAAUCCCACCACUUAUCUGGAUCUUUCCGGCGACUUUAAUCCCAAGAGCUACACGCCCAAGGCGCACGUCACCCUCUGCGUCCAGACAAAAGACGAAGAGGAGAAGUGCCAGGACCUGGUCAGGGCUUUGUCGGUUACGGCCACCGGCAGCGUAGGAAUUAAGUGCCUCCUCGCUGAGGACACCUUCAAGGUUUUCUCGAACAUCUACUUUGGCUUUGCUGACGUCAUCACCUUGGAUGGUUCGGACGUUUAUCAGGUUUCACAAGAUUACGGUUUCGAUCGCGUCCUCAGCGAAAUCUACGACGAAGCAGCUGUCACUCCCACUUCAUCGUAUUACGCUGUGGCUGUGAUCAGGGCCGAGUCGAACAUCACGUCGUUUGAACACUUGAGAGGGAAAGCCUCCUGUCACACUGUUGGCAAGACUGCAGGAUGGAAGAUACCAGUAGCAACACUGAUGGAAGAGAGGCUGAUAGACCCAGCCCACUGCAACUACAUCAACGCCAUGGCAGAUUUCUUUAGCGCUGGCUCUUGUGCCCCGGGUGGGAAGUCUAGCACGUACAACGAACAGCAGAGUUACACAGAGGAACUCUGUCGCCUCUGCAGAGGCGAAGGCAAAGACCACUGCGCGAGAAGCAGCGCGGAGCCUUUUUACUCGUACGAAGGAGCAUUCAGGUGUCUGGUCCACGGGGGAGGCGAUGUUGCUUUCGUCAAGCACACCACAGUGCCAAGUCUGACAGGUGGAAGCACUUCAGCCUCGUGGGCUGUUGGCCUUCAGGAAGACCAGUUCAAGUUGUUGUGCCCUGCAGGAGGCACCGCUGCUGUGACCGAGUACAAGACUUGUAACCUCGCGCUUGUUCCGGCUCAUGAGGUGGUUGUAUCGGGAAGAAUGUCGGCAGAACGAAAGCAAGUUGUCAGAGAAACGCUGCUGGCCGUUUCUCAGAUCUUCAAUCCUGAUGCGUUUGGAAGUAAGACAUUCAGGCUCUUUGGAUCAUACCAUGGCCAUCCUGACCUACUCUUCAAGGAUUCUGCUGUGAAUCUUCGAGCGUUGAGUGAAGACACCCAGGAGGAGAGGGACAGGAAGAACAAUUACUUCAAGAAACUGGAUGAAUUGCAUAAUUGUGAAGUUCGGGUAUGCGCACUGGAGGACCAGAUGGAGGACUGCAAGGCGAUGUCACAGAUGAUGCUUCAGGAGGGGCACCAGUUUGUCUGCGUCAGCGCAAGAGACAGAAUGGACUGUAUUUAUCGCGUCAUCAGGGGCCAAGUCGACAUGACCCCUCUCCCUGAAAGAUAUCUGGGAAUCAAUCCCGACCUCAGAGUCUUUGCAGAAAUGAGAGAUCCUGUGUAUGCCCAACAGGAAUUUCGUUAUAAAGCAGUGAUGGUGGUGCGCAGAUCAACCGUAAAGAGGAUAUCGGAUUUACGCGGGAAGAAAUCUUGUCACACCGGUUAUGGUAAAACUGCUGGGUGGAGAGUUCCUCUUGCUCUUUUGAAGCGAGCCGGCGUCGUUCAUCCAAUCUGUGGGGAUUCCCAGUCAUCCGUGGAACACGAGAUCGUCGCCUUGACGACUACCUUCAACAGGGCUUGCAUCCCAGGGACGUGGGCAGUUCUGAAUGACACCGAUGCCGCGCUGAAGGAAAGAUAUACUGCAAUGUGCUCUAUGUGCAAAAGUGGGACGUGUGAUGAGAAGGACGAAUACGCCGGUUACGAGGGCGCUCUGAAAUGCCUCACGGAAAAGGGGGGAGACGUCGCCUUUACUAAACUCAGCGCUGUGAAGGAGUUCUUCAAGGUGACCCGAAAUGUGAACAGCAGCCUCUAUGGCCUCCUUUGCCCUGACAACAAGGUGGUCGACAUCAAUUCACCGAAAGCAGAAAGGUGCUACUGGGCCACACGUCCAUGGGAUGCCUACGUCACUCAUGGAGGCGUCAGUGAUGCAAAGGUCCACAGGCUCUUUUGGGCUUUGACUGAGGCCAAAAGAAAAGCAGAGGAAGACAUGGAGGCAAGGCAAUGGUAUUUUACCACGCUGGGGAUUGGGGAUGCCAGUGAUGUCUUCCCAAUGUUGGAAAAGACUGUAACUCGACAGUAUUAUGCAAAAAGUCGCAUGGAUAUUGUUGAAGCUGAAGAAAUGUGUUCAGAAACUCCAGUCAGAUUCUGCGUACGAAAUGAUGAGGAGGAAAACAAAUGUAAUGACUUGAGAGGCGUUUUGAAUCUGAGGGGCACUACGCCCCCCCUUCAGUGUGUGAGGGCACAGAAUACCGAAGACUGCCUCUUCCGCAUCAGCGUCGACCAAGCUGAUUUGAUAUCACUCAAUGACGUCGCAAGAUACAGAUUUAACGAUAAGUAUAACCUUGUUGACCUGGUCAGUGAAAAUUACGGAGCUGCCCAGACCACCAACUAUUACCUCCUCGCCGUAGUGAAGAAAUCGCCUGAUCUGACUUCCACCACAGACCUGGCCGGGAAGACGACUUGCCAUAGCCUUGAUGGCAACAGUUCCAUUGAUUAUUCCCUGACUGGAUGUAUGAGUGGGAAAAGUGAUUUCUUCGAUGCCUUCUCAGACGCCAUGGGCUGCCUCACUGCGUCCAACAAAGAUGUGGCCUUUGUCAAGCUGCCACACGAAUCAACCGUGGCAGGAGAGUAUGUCCCACCUCAGCUGAAUCCCGACGACUUCCAACUCCUUUGUGCCAAUGGGGUCAUGCCCCUCAAUAAUUCUAAUGCCCCUCAGUGCAACCUUGGGAGGGUUCCUGCAGAUAUGGUUGUUACCCGAUUUUCUGAGUCUUCUUCAAGAAGGCAGGAUAUGCUCCAUCUACUUCUAGAAUCAGCUAAAGUAUUUGGCAAACCAGAUUCAUUUUUCAGACUCUUCAGCGAGUACUACUCAGCAAAGGAUCUUCUCUUCAGGGACAAAACUACUAGCCUCACUUCUCUGCCAGAUAAACAUUACCAGAUCUUCCUCGCUACCAUGUGGAACUUGGCUUGUCAGUUGUACGACGCCCACGUCUCCUUUCAAAGUGCUGAAAAAAAGAAAUUAUAGCUGAAGAAGUCAGGCCUGAAGACAGUUGAAAGACCAACUAGGAACUAGUUAUCAACUGCAUAAUUAGAUCCACUCCUGGAAAUGUUUAUGGAGUUGUCAUGAACGAUUUCUGGGGUAACUGUGUUCAUAGUGCUUUUUAGAUUUGGGAGCAUGCGAGCAAUAUUGCAAAAUUUUAUCUGCUUAAUAAAUCAGAGGAUUAACAAUUCAUAUCUCCUCAUUCUUGGAAACGCAAGAGACACCACUUGCUCUGAGACUUCCUCUUUGGAACUUUAUUUGUACAUUCAUAAUCCUGGAUCUGACUGGAUUGAGCAACGAGGAAUUUCUUCGUGCGGGGAGACCUGAUUAAAUUUCUUUGUGUACAUAGGUCAAACUCACUAGAGAGAUUAUAUCGAAAAAAAAAAGAUACUGUGAUAUCAAACAUGGACGUGACCCAAUCCACGUAAGAUUUUGUAAUGAUGUCUUUAUUUUUCAAGAUACUCGCCAAAUACAUUGCUGAUUUCCACGUUAAUCUAUUCCAAAGCACCUUAUGUUAGCUGCAAUGCAUUUGCUAUGUGGUUGGUGCAAAGUUUUAUUGUAAAUGCCUUAAGAAAGCAGAAUAAUAUAGAAUUAACCAUUGAUA